AUGUCAGGUUUCUUCGCCGAGCUCGGUCUUAGUGUAGCUUUCACCAUGAUCAGUCUUGCUCCCAUGGUCCCCGAAUGGCUCAACGGCAACCCCAAGCCACAAACGAAGGUCAACGUACUGGUCGGUCUGCCACCGUUGGAUGCCGAUGAGCAGAACAAGAAGGACGAGAUCUACGAGAAGUUGAGUUACGGCGGAUGCGCUCCGGAAGUGUCACUCUUCAACGCGAAUGGAGACCGGGUUGGCUACAGCAAGAACAAGAAAUGCAAGCAGGUCAUUAGCCAGAACAGUCCAACCGACAUCUGGGCCGACUACAUCAAGCCAGGCGAAACAGAGAAAGCCGAGUACAUCACCGUGUCCGCAUCUGGAACCGAUGCUAUCUGCAUUUCAGCUAUAGCAGUCACAUACCCCACGAGCAGCGACACGUACGCAUUCCUCCCCGGCGAGGUAGCUGCCAUAUGCAACACGCACAACCCAGAUUACAAGUACUCCUGGUCCCCAUCCGCGACACAGAUCCAGUUCAAGUCCGAAUCCGGACAGACGCAAGACGGGCGACCGAAAUGCCUGUGGAUCGAUAAGCCCGACGACGACGGAGACGCGGCGACCCACUACGAAGGAUUCCAAGUUCAUCUUCCAGACUUCAAGCUCGACAACACUACCUUCCAUGGAUGGCAAGAAGACCCCUCACAAAUGUGCGACUCGCUGGCUCGUUUCGGCUCAUACGACAGGCUCGACCCAAUGCUCUGCCCAGAGAUCUUCAGUCCAGCGCCACUUAAAGGUGCAAGUCUCCCUUUGGAUACCGUCUCCGCAUGUAUACCGGCUGCAAAAGACAGCACGACAGACCCUCACAUCUGCGAGGACGACAAUUUCACGUACCAGCAACGAUACGAUCUCAUUGUUAUGUACGAUCAGAUGUGUCUUAACGACGAUUGGUGGUAUUAUAAGUGUGAAGAAAGGCCUUCAUGUCCGCCCGGGCCGGAAAAGCGUCGGUCGCUUCUGAGAUCGCGAUCUUCUUCAUCCUACUGGCCAUUCCACCAUACUCCCAAAUCGAAGUAUCGGCGCACUUCACCCGACCAUCCGCUUCAGAGGCAGUUUGAUGGAGUACUAGUCAAGAGUCAAGACGUCACGCAAAGUGCAGUGGAGAUCUGCCAAAGCACCGGCAGUGUUGGACCUGACUUCUAUUCCGAGCCCGAGCAGAUGUUCUGUGAUAUGAAGACGCGUGAACUGUAUCCAGCAUGUAACGGUACUGUUCAGAUGACUUGUUUCGAUCCAACUCAAAACGAGACGAGAACUGAGACUGGUGACGGAGGAGUGGAUAAGCGUCGCGAGCGGACAACGUAUGUGGAGGUGAAGGAUUGGUCGUGA